AUGGCGCCAACACAAAAGGAAGUCAGAGAGUGGGUGCUCCAAAGAGCGCAAACCAGAGAUUUCUACAAAGCAGAUGGCAACUUUAUAGGUAAGCAGGCGAUGAAGGCAAAGUUGCUCAACGAGUGGCCAGGGCAACAAGGGAAAAUAUCCAGAGCUGUCAAUGGGUAAGUGACUUGCCCCAGUCAGGGCUUUGGUGCAAUUGCUUACUGAGCUUUACAAUGUCAGAUUGAGAGGUAAAGUCGACUUCCCGAUUUCAUGGACCAAAAAAAAAAUCGCAGUCCAAUGAUGCCACAUACUCUUCAGUGACAGACGAGAGCAUAUCCAGGCCAGUCCAAAACAACAAAACAGGACCCCAGGAAGAUCGAGAAGUUGCGCGACAGUCAUCCAAUGGGAACGAUGAAAAUUUGCGACCAAACAUCAACGGCAUGCCACAAUUUCAUUUUCAAAAUGGAGUGACGUCGCAACAAGGGGUAAUCUUUGCCCUCUAAAUUUGGCAUAGCUAUCUACUAAUCACUUGUAUUCAGACCGCAACUCGCCCAGUUCUUGCGGGAUCCGAUCUUUUAAGCACUCAAAAGACACAGCCUGAAAAUUCUAUGCUCACCGAAACACCUCGCUAUCUCUCUCUUGGCCCUGCAAUCGUUGAUGACCAUAAAGAACAACUACCCGCAAACGACUCUAAGCAACAGAUUCCUUCCAACCCAAAGAUUGACGGUACGACAAAGCAAAACUCCAUAUAUAACCCGAGGCAGUGGGCUAACAUGCUUUAGCGUUGCUAAACUACCUCAAUGACUCAAAGCCGACUGAGGAAUCUUCUUUUGCGAGAUUUUUCGCGGAGGCAUUAGAUGUUGAACCUCAAGACAUAGAAUCGCAGCUAUUGCAGCGCCUUGACAAAAGUGAACUCAACUCAAUCGGUGUGGAAAAUGAAAGACAGGACGUCAAACAUGCAGUACUUUUCUCCGAGGCCCUUCUUGAUCAUUCUGCCAAUCAAUUUCCACAACAUGGCCUUCUUGGAACAUUCGACCCGGUCGGUGGCGACAGCAAGAAACUUUACCUCAACACAAACAUCCCUUUCAGUGCAUUCAUUUGUGGUGUCCAAGGCAGUGGCAAGUCCCAUACCUCGACAUGUAUGAUUGGUAAGUGACAGAGUAUUCUUCGAGACUUCAUCUUCUCACACUACUACAGAAAACCUACUUAUCCCCGCUCCGUUCCUUGGUCCCCUCGAAAAACCUCUCACGGCACUGGUCUUCAACUUUACAAGUCAUACCUCCGAGGCGACUUUCCUUCCCUGCGAAGCGGUCUUUCUAGCAGCCCCAAACCAAGCCCUCCAUACUCCAUUCAGUGCCAGAAAGGUCAAGGUCUUGGUAUCUCCCUCAAACUAUCACAAUUUGGGUGCAGCAUACUCGCAAAUCCCCGGCGUAGAAGUUCGACCCUUUAAGCUCAAGCCCAGAGAUUUGAAUAUCAGUAACAUGUUGACUCUCAUGUGUAUCGACCAAUCUCAAGGACCGCCACUUUAUAUAGGCAUCAUCACGAAGAUCUUGCGUCAGAUGGCAACAGAGUUGGCUGGGGGCUUCACUUAUGUUGAAUUCAGAAGAAGAAUUAAUGCUGCUGGACUCGAUCAGAAACAAAUGGUGUUCCUCGAGCAAAGACUCGAUCUCCUGGAAUCGUUCAUGGAUCUCGAUGGCUCGACCGAAAAUUUGAGCUUCGAACCGGGCGAGGUUACAAUCAUGGAUCUAUCGUGUCCUUUUGUGGAUGCGAGCACGGCCUGUGUUCUUUUCAAGAUUGGCAUGUUCCUGCAGUCUGGCGAUGCUUCUGGAAAGGUCGUUUUCAUGGAUGAAGCUCACAAGGUAAUACCCUCUCCACUAAUAUGCAAAUAAUCUUCUAAUGUAUUCAACAGUUCAUGACCGAAACCCCCGGAGCCAAAGCCCUCACCGAAGCCGUCACAGAAGUCAUCCGCUUACAACGACACUACGGCGCCCGCGUUAUCAUUUCCACCCAAGAACCCACUAUAUCUCCCAAGCUCAUUGAUUUGUGCUCGAUCACAGUCAUUCAUCGUUUCACAAGCCCCGAAUGGCUGUCCGUUCUGCGACAUCACAUCUCCGUUCCUGGUGGUGAUGAAGGGGGUCUUUAUCGGAAAAUUCUGCGAUUGCGUACAGGUGAAGCUCUGGUUUUUGCACCUUCCGCAGUUAUGGGGAUGGGUGGUGGAUAUGAAGAGUCUGAGCCUUUUGAUUUGCUUAGAGUUAGUGUUCGUCGUCGUAUUACCUGGGAUGGUGUAGUAAUAAUU